UGUGUCUUGGUCGAGUAUGAUUCAGGUUGAGUUUUUCGAUUCUUUUAUUAUUUGGUUCGGAUUAGCGUCAGGGGACCCAAAUUCGACCCUCUAAUUCCAAAUAAUGUAGGACCCAAACUGGACCCGCUAAUUCGGAAUAAUCAAGGCUGAAAUGAAUGAAGGAAACAUCAAAUACGCAAAAUGAUGAAAGUCAAGACAAGUUAGGUGCCGCGUGGAAAGGUUGUGCGUCAAUUAUCAUCGUAUGACAGCUUAAAUUUUUUUGUUACAUUUAAGCCAAACCACUUUUCCACUUCAUAAUUUGUUUAGUGGAUUGAUAAUUUUUCUUGAUGCGGAAGAACAUCAUCAAUUAAAUUCAUUUUUCUUCCUGAUCAGCUAGCGACAGUUUUCCGACAGCCUGAAUCUAUAAGCCGAAGGUGAAGGAGAUUUCAAUCACAGAAGAUUGACGAAUGGUGAAAGUGUAACAGCCUGAGAUGGGCUGUGUUUCUUCUAAGGUUUUGACUAAAUCUGCAAGCUUCAGAGAAGAGCUUCAGAAGCGGCUGCAGAGAAGAAAAACAGAUAGCUAUGAAGAUUUAGUCAUCUCAAAGUCUCUUACAGAGCAGUUUGUAGCAGUUUUAUGCCCCUCCAACACAGUUCCUGAUAAGUUCAACGGGCAUGAAUCCUCUAAUCAACCUUCAGUUACGAAAGAAGAUCGUAAAGCCACAGUUUUGGUAGAAGAACCUGAGAAUCACAUAGAGACAAUCAAUACAUGGGAGCUCUUGGCUGGUCUAGAGGAUGACCAUGAUGUUGAAGUCCAAAAAGAAGAAGAGCUUUCUAAGAGCUUAAAUCCAAUCAAGGAUGAAGAUUCUGAAACCGCAGAGGCUGUAAAGCAAGACGAAUUGAGAAAGGCAUGUGGUGGUGAAAAGGGCAUAAGGAGGAGGGUCAUGGCGAUGGAGCUUACAAAGGUGAAGGUCCCAAAAUUUGAGUUCUCCAGGGCAGGGAGCCUGAGGGAUUGGCUAUCACAGGGAGGUCAGGUGUUCUCACCUGGGUCAUAUAUAACACCCAGGUUUGGGAGCUUUGAGCCUGUAGCUGCAAAUGGAGGUGGUGAGGGGAAUGAAAAGGCUGUUUUUGAUCCAAAAUUGGUUGCUCAGCUUGAGGAGGCUAUGGAGGAGAUGACAGUUGAGGAAGAGGAGAUACUAAAACAGAUUGUUUAAGGACUGUAAGGAUGGAGGACAUAAAAGUCUGUUGAAGCUUCAAAAUGGCAGUGGAGGUAUGAAAGGUUUUGGUAUGCCUUAUGAUUUGUGUAUUGUGUUUAUAGCUCCUUGAGUUUAACACUCAAGGUUGUGAUGAUCAGAUUGUGAAAAUUCAUUUUUUUUUUUAAUUUCCUGAUAGGAGUUAAAAUUUUGUCCAAAUUGUGCUGAAUUGUGUUCUCUAGGUUUCCUAGAAGUGAGUCAAUUGUAAAAAUUCUUAAAUGUUUGAUUAAUAUUUUGCUACAUAUUAAAA